AUGCCAUAUAACAGUGCCCAUCACUGUGUUGUGGAAGUGGAGAACUUCUUGUUCGUGCUGGGAGGAGAAGACCAGUGGAACCCUAAUGGGAAACACAGUACAAACUUUGUUAGCCGAUACGAUCCCAGGUUUAACAGCUGGAUACAACUUCCACCCAUGCAAGAGAGGAGAGCCAGCUUCUAUGCCUGUCGGCUGGAGAAGAACCUGUAUGUGAUCGGGGGCAGGAACGAGGCUGGCUACCUGUCCAGCGUGGAGUGCUACAACCUGGAGACCAACGAGUGGCGCUACGUCUCCUCCCUGCCUCAGCCCCUGGCAGCCCACGCAGGAGCUGUGCACAACGGCAAGAUCUACAUUUCAGGAGGUGUUCACAAUGGAGAAUAUGUCCCCUGGCUGUACUGCUAUGACCCUGUGAUGGACGUCUGGGCCCGAAAACAGGACAUGAACACAAAGAGAGCCAUCCACACUUUGGCUGUGAUGAAUGACCGACUGUAUGCCAUUGGAGGAAACCAUCUGAAAGGUUUCUCCCAUCUGGACGUGAUGCUUGUGGAGUGCUACGACCCCAAAGGAGACCAGUGGAACAUCCUGCAGACCCCCAUCCUGGAGGGCCGCAGCGGCCCUGGCUGCGCCGUGCUGGACGACAGCAUUUACCUUGUGGGAGGCUACAGCUGGAGCAUGGGAGCCUACAAAUCUUCUACUAUUUGCUAUAGUCCUGAGAAAGGGACUUGGACAGAACUGGAAGGAGAUGUUGCUGAGCCACUUGCAGGACCUGCCUGUUCCACUGUGAUACUGCCAGCCUGCGUCCCCUACAACAAGUGAUAGUCCAGCAGCACUGAUGGACACUGCUUGCAUUGGGGAAAAUAAUGACGGGUGACAUAAAUAUUUUAUUAGAACAGGAUUCCUGGUAAAGCUACCAUAAUUGACCCCUCAUUCCAUAUUUAUGCUUUAGGAGCAAACUAAAAGCAAACCAAACCCAAGUGCUGUCCCAUCUCAGAUAGGUGCCGGUGUCUGAUGAAGCAGGUAGCUAAAGCACACCGACCACGCCACGCUGACAGACUGCCAUUCCAGACUGAUGUUAACUUCUUCCUGCUGCAGAGGUAUUCCUCACCUCAAAGUUAACUUUAAAAAAAAGAAAAAAAAUGAAGGCUAACUGUUCAAAGACAGCCUGAAGAGACAAGAUCAGUAUUGUGCAUUGUAUCUACCUGCAUGUGAUCUGUGUUGAAGUCACGAGGAUGUUGUUUUCAUGAAUGCUUCAGAAUUCAGAUAGUGAAAAGCUCACACUGCAUUGCAGAAUUGUCUCCUCCUCUGUAAUCCUAAACUACAGCUACUCCACAUGCUCUGCAAGCAACACGGCAUCAGAAGAUUACAAAAGGUAAAGAAAUACCACUCAAUUUGUGCACAGCUUGGCAUCUAAUACACUCUUGCCUUCAGAGUCCCCACGUGUAAGUGCAGCAGAGAGCAGACUACAAUGAAGGCCAUGCUUUACAGAGCACUUCUUGCAGUAGCAGCUUAGGGAUUAGGAUCAAAUUCUUCUAAUCACACUUGUGUAAAGUCAGAGUCAUUCCACUGAAAUCACAUGGAAUGACUGUUUUUACAUUAGUAUAACAUAAAGUGGGUCCUACAUCUUAAAUUCUGGGUUUGUGAAGUAAGCUAUUUCUAUGACCACUUAAAGAAGCACCCAGAAUCCUUACUUACUUUUCACUAACCUGCUAGAUAGCAGCACCCAUGCUAGUUGCUUCCAAAGACAAGAAGACUGCAUUUAACUAUAAAUGUAUUACUUUGGACUCUUAA